AUGGUUUGGAGCUGCUUUGUGGUGAUAGCUAUGGGUGUGCUGCUGGAAUUCGUGCGGUAUACCCGAUGGCGAUUCGAAGUCAACUUUAAAAAUGACGUUCAAUUGAACACCAACUACAUAACUCGGCUUUUCUCAUUUCCACAUGUCGUGCAAACGAUUCUAUUCGGUGUUCAAAUGGUACUCGCCUAUUUCUUGAUGCUCAUCUUCAUGACUUUCUCUGUAUGGCUGGGAAUCGCCGUGUGUGUAGGAGCGGGUGCGUUAUUCUGCUUGUUCUUUCAGUUUGAAGGCAUUUGA